AUGACCAUUCGCAUUCAACAAAGACUGAAAAAUCUGCACGGCGAUGCUAUAUUCCAAUCAAGUCGAGAUACUUCAGAAAUGUACCACAAUAUACCAUUAAUACUGCAGUAUAACAGGGUUAUGCAGUACUACUGCGAGACCUUCAACGACCUCAUCCCGCUGUCGUUCGUGCUGGGCUUCUACGUGUCCAUCGUGAUGACGCGCUGGUGGAACCAGUACGUGAGCAUCCCGUGGCCGGACCCCAUCGCCGUCUUCGUCAGCUCCAACAUCCACGGCCAGGACGAGCGCGGGCGCGUGAUGCGGCGCACCAUCAUGCGGUACGUGUGCCUGUGCCUCACCAUGGUCUUCUCCAUGAUCUCGCCGAGGGUGAAGAAGCGCUUCCCCACGCUGGACCACUUCGUGGAGGCCGGGCUGCUCACCGACAACGAGAAGAGCAUCAUGAGCGACCUGAACGAGAAGUUCCCGCGCCACUCCAAGCACUGGCUGCCCAUCGUGUGGGCGGCCAGUAUCGUCACCCGCGCGCGCAAGGAAGGGCGCAUCCGGGACGACUUCGCCGUCAAGACCAUCAUAGACGAGCUGAACAAGUUCCGCGGCCAGUGCGGCCUGCUGCUCAGCUUCGACACCAUCAGCAUCCCGCUCGUGUACACGCAGGUGGUGACGCUGGCUGUGUACUCCUACUUCAUCACCAGUGUGAUGGGGCGCCAGUGGCUGGACGUGCGCGACGGAGAUCACCCGCUCUACAAGCACAACAACAGCAUCGACCUCUAUUUCCCUUUCUUCACCACCCUGCAGUUCUUCUUCUACAUGGGGUGGCUGAAGGUGGCCGAGUCGCUCAUCAACCCGUUCGGCGAAGACGACGAUGACUUCGAGGUGAAUUGGUUGGUGGACCGCAACUUGCAGGUGUCGUACAUGAUCGUGGACGAGAUGCACCACGAGCACCCGGAGCUGAUCAAGGACCAGUACUGGGACGAGGUGUUCCCCACGCAGCUGCCCUACAACGUGGCGGGGGUGCGCGAGGAGCACCCGCAGCCGAGCACCGCCAACAUCGAGGUGCCGCUGCCCAGCGCCGACAUCAACAAGGCCGACCAGCCGUCACCCAUCUUCGACGACGCGACGAGCGGCAUCCACUUCACGGCGCCCAAGCGCAGCCUGUCGCGCAGCUCGACGCGCGGCCGCAUGGCGUCGGCGGGCUCCAACUCGUCGCUGAGCACGCACGCCGGCAGCAUGGCGGCGUCGCUGCACCGCGUGGGCUCCGUCACCUCCGUGCUGCGCCGCCUCUUCUCGCGGGACGGCGGCGCCUCCGCCUCCGCCUCCGCCGCCGCCGCCGCCGCCGCCGCCGACGGCCACGCC